UGCUGCGGGACGGAGGCAGCAGCCUUUCGGCUUAAUUUAUUUAUUUCGUUGCACUAUUUUCCGGCCUCCGCCUCCUUGCCUCCGCCCCCGGCCGAACCUUGCUCUGCACUUCUCCGUCUCCGCUCCGUCGUCUUGCAUUUGCCCCCAUUCGCAUCGCCCCGGAUCCGGCCAUGGCUCCCUCCUUUCGGCCCAGCAAGAACAGACCGAGCCGGGACGACGAGGAUUUCUUCGAGGCCAGAGGAAACAGGAAGGCAAGGAAGCCGCUGGUGGAGAAGAAGCGGCGGGCGCGGAUCAACGAGAGCUUGCAAGAGCUGCGGCUGAUCUUGGCGGACGCGGAGUUCCAGGCGAAGAUGGAGAACGCCGAGGUGUUGGAGCUGACAGUGAAGCGGGUGCAAGGCGUCCUGCAGAACAGGUCUCUCGAUAGCGACAAACUGCAGCGGGAGGCCAGCGAGCGCUUUGCAGCUGGGUACAUUCAGUGCAUGCAUGAAGUCCAUACGUUUGUCUCCAACUGUCCUGGGAUUGAUUCCACCGUUGCAGCAGAGCUCUUGAACCACCUUCUGGAGUCGAUGCCUCUGAACGAAGGCAGUUUCCAGGACCUGAUAGCGGAUGUCUUGUCAGACCCAUCCAUCAGCCAGUGGCCUGGCAGCGAUGGGCUCUCCCAGACGCCUGGGGAAUCGCCUGGAGCUUUGAACCUGCCCAGUCCCAAUUCGCCUCUCCCUUCACCUUCCUCCAGUGAGGAGACUUGCUCUGAUGCGGAAGACGCGGAGGCUGAGCAAAGCCACAUCUCUUUGGAUGGACUGGACAGGUCUAGGACGCAAAAUGUGCCUUCCUCCAGCCUUUCCAAAUCUAUGUGGAGACCUUGGUAGUAAAGAGGCUGCACAGGAACCAACGAAGAUCUACCUAAUAGGGAGAAUACUUGAGCACUGUGUUCUUCUAGCCAUUGGAAUAGAGACGGUGAGGAUUUCAGAUGGUGCAUUUGUGUCGUGAUGUUGCUGUAUUUCAGGACUGUAUAGCUGGGCACUCUUACACUGUCAAAUCCUGACAGGCUAAGUAGCUCGAUUGUGUUAAUAUUUCAUCCGUGAGUGUGAGAGGUGAAUAUUUGAAAUUCUUGGUUUCUUUUUAUGAUUAAGGGUGUGGGUUAAAAGAGAUGGAAGUAUGGAAGAAGAGCUCUUUUGUUGAAGCACAGCAGUGUUUUGCAACUUACCUUUUUUGUUUCCUUGGGGUUUUUUUUAAUGGUCCUUAUAAGUGGCCCCGAAUCACUACCUUUUUUUCGAUUAGGAAAAAAAACCUUGUGCAUUUGAAAAACUUGGUGGUUUAAUACCAGUGAAAUGUAUGAAGUUAAGCAGUUAUGCACAACUUCAAAUGUUCCCGUGAUAGAUAUUUUUCUCUCUUAUUUUUAAAAAAGGAAAAUCCCUGAAAGGGAUUGGUGAAGCUAGUCUCUUGAUGAGUAUAGUGGUCUAGGAUUUCUCCUUCAGUGAAGGAAGAGGAAACUAGGGGCCAGACUGGAAUUAGGUGAGCAUUUAAAGUAUUGGUGGCAGGGUGCCUUUUAGAUAUGUGUCUUACGCACAGCUAGCACAUUUGAAUUUAUUGUGGUAUGUUUUAUAGCUUGUCAAACGUUUUAUUUUAAUCUUUUUUAUAUAUAUAAAAAUAAAAGCAACUAAAUUAAC